CCGGUUCGGCCCCCGCCUGGCCGGGUCCCUCCAGUCUCUCCUCGCGCAGCCGCCGCCAAAGCCUGGAGAAGUGGAAUCUCGCCGGCGCCGCUGCCUGCGCGGGACUCGCGGAGCGGCACUGGGCAUGCUCAGUCGCCGGAGCCCGUCCUGGUCUCAAGUAGGAAGCUCGUGCGCUGCACCCGCAGCUGAUCCGGGCGCUCCAGGGAAGGCGAGAUUGGAGCAGAGCGGCCGGGCGCCGGUGCCGGAGCGAGCGCGGCGCGCAUCGCUGGAAGAAAACGGGAUUUUCAUUAGAUGCCAUUGCGUCGUUUUCCACUGAGAGCGGUAAUAGUGGGAUGGAUGGCCAUAUCCGGAGUUUGUAUACAUUUUUGCUUAAAAUGUCGGAGCUGCUGUGGGUGAGCUGCUGUGGUCUGUAGCCAAGCAUGCUGUGGUCGGAUCUGCCCAGCCGUGGAACAGAAACAUUUGCUGGAUGGAAAAUCCAUAAAAGAAAGCUCCUGUGAAAGCCGGAGACAGACAGUAACUUAAGCAAAAUCAGAUAUUUGGGCUGCUUGACCUCAUUGCGUGAUUGCUAUGAAUUAACAAGACUUUGUGGGAAAAGGGAACUUGCCUUUUGAGCUUUGUACCAAAGACCUGGGAAAAAACUAACCAUCUCAGUCUUUCCUGAGUACUUGGAAACUGCCGAGGCCCCUGCUAAUGUGCUGACUGGUCGCUAUGGGCAGACGGUACCCGGAGGCUCACUGUCACCCAGGCAGCUCAUCUGACUCAGGUGUAGACACUUUGGCAGUGUUUAUGGCCAGCAGCGGAACCACAGACAUCACGAAUCGGAACAGUCCAGCCACACCACCAAAUACCCUUAAUCUCCGUUCCUCCCACAAUGAACUGUUGAAUGCUGAAAUAAAACACACGGAAACCAAGAACAGCACACCCCCCAAAUGCAGGAAAAAAUAUGCACUAACUAACAUCCAGGUGGCAAUGGGCCUCUCCGACCCAGCUGCACAGCCUCUGCUGGGAAACGGCUCUGCCAACAUCAAGCUGGUGAAAAAUGGCGAGAACCAGCUCCGGAAGGCUGCAGAACAAGGGCAGCAGGACCCCAACAAAAAUGUCAGCCCCACUGCAGUCAUCAACAUAACUUCUGAGAAGUUAGAGGGCAAAGAGCCCCACCCACGCGAUUCCUCAGGCUGUGAAAUUUUACCCUCCCAACCCAGGAGAACCAAGAGCUUCCUAAAUUACUAUGCAGACCUGGAAACCUCAACCAGAGAAUUAGAGCAGAACUUAGGCAACGAGCACGGGGGUGUGGAAGAGAAGCCCCAGCCGGGCCAGGACCAGGCCUCCACCGUCAUCGGGAAUGGUGAAGCACUCCCACAGAAACCAAACAAAGCCCAGUUCAGCCCUGAAGACGGUCAAGUGGCCACUGUGUCAUCCAGCCCAGAGACCAAGAAAGAUCAUCCCAAAACGGGGGCCAAAACCGACUGCGCCCUGCACCGGAUCCAGAACCUGGCACCGAGCGAUGAGGAGUCCAGCUGGACGACACUGUCCCAGGACAGCGCCUCACCCAGUUCCCCGGAUGAAACAGCAGAUAUAUGGAGUGAUCACUCCUUUCAGACCGAUCCGGAUUUGCCGCCUGGCUGGAAGAGAAUCGUUGACGUCGCUGGGACCUAUUAUUGGCACAUACCAACAGGGACCACUCAGUGGGAGCGCCCUGUCUCCACCCCAGCAGAUCUCCAUGGUUCUAGAAAAGGGUCACUUAGUUCUGUAACGCCAUCUCCUACCCCAGAGCACGAGGAUUUGCAUGCAGCUACAGUUAACCCGGACCCCAGUUUAAAAGAGUUUGAAGGAGCGACACUCCGCUAUGCAUCUUUGAAACUCAGAAAUGCCCCCCAUGCUGAUGACGACGAUUCCUGCAGUAUCAAUAGUGACCCAGAAGCCAAGUGUUUUGCUGUGCGUUCCCUGGGAUGGGUGGAAAUGGCAGAGGAGGACCUCGCCCCUGGUAAAAGCAGCGUUGCCGUCAACAACUGCAUCAGGCAGCUUUCUUACUGCAAAAAUGACAUCCGGGAUACGGUCGGCAUCUGGGGAGAGGGGAAAGACAUGUACCUGAUCCUGGAGAACGACACACUCAGCCUGGUGGACCCCAUGGACCGCACCGUGCUCCACUCCCAGCCCAUCGCGAGCAUCCGCGUGUGGGGCGUGGGCCGCGACAACGGCCGAGAUUUUGCUUAUGUAGCAAGAGACAAAGAUACGCGAAUUUUGAAAUGUCAUGUAUUUCGAUGUGACACACCAGCAAAAGCCAUCGCCACAAGUCUCCACGAAAUCUGUUCCAAGAUUAUGGCCGAACGGAAGAAUGCCAAAGCCCUGGCCUGCAGUUCCUUACAGGAAAGAACCAAUGUGAAUCUCGACGUUCCCUUGCAAGUAGAUUUUCCAACACCAAAGACUGAGCUGGUCCAGAAGUUCCACGUGCAGUACUUGGGCAUGUUACCCGUAGACAAACCCGUCGGAAUGGAUACCCUGAACAAUGCCAUAGAAAGUCUUAUGACCUCAUCUAACAAGGAGGAUUGGCCGUCAGUGAACAUGAAUGUGGCCGAUGCUACUGUGACUGUCAUCAGUGAAAAGAAUGAAGAGGAAAUCUUAGUGGAGUGCCGCGUGCGAUUCCUGUCCUUCAUGGGCGUCGGGAAGGAUGUUCAUACAUUUGCCUUCAUCAUGGACACCGGGAACCAGCGUUUUGAGUGCCACGUUUUCUGGUGCGAGCCUAAUGCGGGUAACGUGUCCGAGGCGGUACAGGCCGCCUGCAUGUUACGAUACCAGAAGUGCUUGGUAGCCAGGCCGCCUUCACAGAAAGUUCGACCACCUCCUCCGCCAGCAGACUCAGUGACCAGAAGAGUCACAACCAAUGUAAAACGAGGGGUCUUAUCCCUCAUUGACACUUUGAAACAGAAACGCCCUGUCACAGAAACGCCAUAGCUGCAUAUGCUACAGGAUUCUGUAAUAUUUACCUGAAGAUUGAAUAGCUACACUAAAGAAGAUGAACUGAUAUCUGGCCUUCCAUUCAGUUGCUGAUGCUUUGUCUUCAGAGAAUUUAUCCUUAACCAAACAGUGUUAGACAAGCAUGUUCUCUCGUCUUGCCACCAUCAUGUGAUAUGAAAAGAAGCAUGACUAAUUUUUUUUGCUAUCAGUCAGAUACAUCAUGAGCAGUGGAAGGUCUUUUUCUUAUUGUAAAUAUCGUGAACAUUAACUUCACACACACGGAGAAGAAUGUGGCCACACCCCUCCUAGUGAACUAACACUGAGUCCUUGGAGUGAAUGACGCCUGAGUUAGUUUCACUGUCUUCUUGACUGGAUCUGUCACAAGCAAUGUUUAAGUCCUGCAGCACUUGGCCCUGUUGCCAACAUUGGAGUAGCCACUGCGUACCAGAUACCAUUGAAUUGCUGUAAAACUAGGAUGAUGGGUUUUUGUUGCAGUCUUUCAUGAAAUUGAACCUUUGGGUUGACAGAAUUGGCUGUUGGCAUCAGUACAGAAACCAACCGGCAGCUUUCCUUGACAAGCCCUUUGACACAUGGACACCAUUUCAUGUCUGCAGCUGUUUUGUGGGAUGUUGGGGAAAAAGUGAAACUUGAAAAUUGAAAAAAAAAAUCAAAUUUGAGAAAUUAAAAUUGAACAAAAAAGGGCCUUUCUUUCUAGACGGUUUUCAAACUGAUUAUUAAAAACAAGAAAGAUUUAAGAAAAUCCUAAUGCAUUUCGGGUAGGACAUGUUUCAAACUUCUGCCUUAUAUUGUACAAUGCAGCUAGAGAAUUAUAGUUCACUCUGGCCAUUCUCUACAUAAACAUUAAAAUGAAAUCUUCCUCGUACGCCUUUUAUCCUUAGUUUGUUAAUUAGCCAAUAUGCAAUUUGGAGUUGAGGAAAUGUCAUUUAUAUUUUGGAUCUCCACCACCACAUUAUUUUGUUAGUCCGCCUCCUAGUGAAACCCACUAGGAUUCUGUAUCUAGCUCAGUCUUACCCUAAUGCUUUUUGCCCAGAAAGCUGUCUGUCCAUCAUGUAUUGUCCAUGGCAACAAAUUACAUUAAAUUGAACCUUUUGAAUUUAUGUAUUUAAUAUUGGGAUUUGUUGGACUUUACUAGAUAUAUUUUUAAAUUUAUAUCUUUUCCAUUUUUUCAAGAUUUAAAAAUUUCAUAUCAGAGCAAAAUAAACAUAGCAACAACGGACUGCUUAACAAGUUUCCCCAAAAUAGCAGUUUCCUGCUUCACGUUUCUCACAUACUUACAAAGAUACUCAGAUUUAGACUCUUGUUGACGUUGUUUUAAAAGGAAGUUGCUAAGGAGACCAAUCUAAAUAUUAGUCUUAUUUGCUUCUUAAUGUCAAAAUUAAUGCGUUAAGAACAUCCAGUUUUAAAAGGAGCACUUUAUUUACCCACUGCUGUGUACUUACUUGUCAAUGGUUUCCACAUUCUUAUCACAUUUGAGCCUUACAAGGUAGGGAAAGGUACCAAACACAUCUGAGAAAUAAAAAUAUAAAGUACCAAGAGGCUCAAUCACCUUGCCUAAGAUCUCUCGAAAGUUUGUGAGAGAGCCGGGACAAAAGCCCACACUUCCCAACUCUGUUAUAAGUUAUGCUGCUUUUACAUCGGUGAGGAAGAGUCUUUCCAAAAUUACUCUGGGCAUAUCUAGUUAUUGUCAGGAAAUCUUAGAAUUCCCUGUAGAAGGCGGGAAAUAUGUCCCAAUUACUCACGCAGUGAUAUUAAUCAUAAAACCAUCGCCCUCUCUCAGUCCAGGACUGUUUUCCUGCAGUGUGCCUCAAAUGUGUUGUAGAGGACAGGAUUCUACACGCUGUACGGCCUGUUCAACUUACAAGGUUUUCCAGAGAUGAUGUUACUUGUGAUAGACACAUUCCUAACUCCCGGUACUUAGCCACCAGAGAACACGAUGGAGCAUGUGGCCUUCUGCUAUUCCCUCAGAACUCUGGAACUGUUUGCUAGCACCCUGGUGUUAUGACCAAAAUGAUGCCACUCUAGAAAUGAAUUCUACUUCUCACCAGCCUAUAUGCUAUUCUGUCUGAAGUAACCAGUGCCAUCAUAAGAAAUUAUUGCAUUAAGAAAGUCCUUACUGUGCCCUUUGAAAAGCUGUUCAAAAUUCAAUCAUGAUGAGGUUUCAUCUCGAGCUCCACAAUGAAAGGUUUUAGUGUGAUAAAAAUUCUGAACAGGUCAUCCACUUUUAUAUUGGAAAUCUCUACCCGAACCCACCGUUCAUUUUCUAAGGCAUACAUUUGUUUGUUUUCAGGAUCAAGAAUACUGAGCUAGCUUUAAGUAGCAAACUGAUUUAUAUAUGCAAUUAUAGGAUGCAUUAAGACGAACGAUAGCCUUUACAUAUUGAAAACUUUACUGCAGAUAUUUUGUUUUGAAAAUAGCUUUGCAUACUAAAUGCAAUUAAUUUUGUAAAAUUGAUUAUGUUAAACAGUACGUUCAGACACUUUCUGCCAUGGCCAAAAAGUAUGUAUGAAAGUAUGUGUGUAUUUUCCUGUGUGCGGAUGCCGUGUUUUACCUGAUAUUGUGGUGACAUUCAGUUAUCUAUGCAUUCUUUAUAUCUGUGACUCGGUAAACAGGCAGCCAUGUUCACUAUGCCUUGUAUGUCUUAUCAUUUUUUUAAUUAACCUGUUAAAUACAGCUUAAGAUAUUUUUAUUUUAUUUAUUCUAUUUUUACUGAAAUAUACUGCAUUAUCGUGUUAAUGUAUUCUCUUUACUGGACAGUAUCUCACAAGGUAUCCAGGCCUAAGUAAUCUCAGUGAACUAUACGUUGCCGAAAAGGUGGUUUUGUAACGAUUUGUAGACACAUUUUUAUUGGACUAUGUAGAAGAAAUGGCAACAUGCUUAAAGUUCCUUUUAUUUUUUAAAAGCAGCUAGAUAGACGCAGACUGGCCACCUCAUAUAUGCGCCUCUUGGCAACCUCAAGGGGAAGAGCCAACACGCCUGUGGCAAACCUAAAGCACCGCUUGGGGCUGUGUGUUUAUGUCCUUCCCAACACCUGUCAUCUCCUCUAGGCGACAGACACGUGCCCACAAGCCCUCUGUUCACCUGGAUAGAAGACCACCCGUAGCUAAUUAGGACCACUGUUUUUCGUUCGUGUCUGUCUGACUGC